AUGCCACCAAAGAGAGGACAAACGCAAGAGGAAAAGCUCGCGGCGCUUCUCAAAUGGUUUCAAUCAAAACACCAAUUCUACACUUUGAAAGAAUGCGAAAAAGAAGCAAGCAAAGCAUGCAAGAUUGCCCCUAUGCAAAUCAAAGAUUUGGUUGUAAAUUUAGUUAACGAAGGCGUGGUGCAGCAAGAGAAAUGCGGCACUACAAACUUGUACUGGUCUUUCAAAUACUCUCAACAUAAGCAGAAGAUGGAUCAAACUGCCAGGUUGAAGGAGGAGGUGGUGCAGAAAGAGCAGCAAAAGGGGAAUCUAGAGGUCCAGCUUGCCGCUGCCAAACUUGAAAGGAGUCUAGACAAUUUCCCUCAACGGCAAGAAGAGUUGUUGCGCUUGAAAGAACUCGAGGUCAAAUUGGCUAGUUUGAAUGCAAAAGUUGAGCAAUGUGAAGAAUUGAACAAAGUUGGCAAAUUGACACAAGCUAUCGAAUUUUUCAAUGAUCUGAUUGAGAUGUUGCUAUCCUAUUUGGCUAGAACCACGGCGAUUGAUCUGUAUCAGCUUCGAAAGGAAUUCAACAUCCCUCCAGACUUGGAAGAUAUGGACUCUUUUACUUGCUAG